GGAGCGUACUUAUCAAUGACGGAUCUUCAUUUAUCGAGGAGUACCAGACAUCUCAUCAUGGAUUUGAAUGAGAUUUUCCCCACCAAAGGGCGACUGUAAAACGAAAAAGACUGGAGUGGGGGGAAAUCGGACUCUGGGAGUUUGUGAGGAUUAGUGUGCUGCUAACCCAUGGUGGAUCUGCUGUGAGGGGGACGAGGGACUCAGUGGAGGAUGUCAGCAGAGGCCGAGCUCCAGCCGGGUGUCAAAACCAGCCAGCGAAGGGAGUCCAGGAGGGUAAAAUGUCAGGACCGCACUGAGGCGGGGCUUAUUAAGCGUUUCCGUGGAGAUGGCGUGCGUUACAAGGCCAAGCUGAUCGGGAUUGAUGAGGUGACUUCGGCGCGCGGGGACAAGCUGUGCCAGGACUCCAUGAUGAAGCUAAAGGGAAUGGCUUCCUCGGCGCGUUCCAAAGGGGAGCACAAGCAGAGAGUGUUCUUGACGGUCUCUUUCGGCGGGAUCAAGAUUUACUGUGAAAGAUCAGGGGUGCUCAUGCAUCACCACUCAGUGCACGAGAUCAGCUACAUCGCCAAGGACACCAGGGACCACCGGGCCUUUGGCUAUGUCUGCGGGAAGGAGAGCCACCACAAGUUUGUGGCCAUCAAGACGGCACAGUCGGCGGAGCCUCUCAUCAUCGACCUGCGUGACCUCUUCACGCUCAUCUACGACAUUAAACAGCGGGAGGAGAUGGAGAAGAAAGCGCAGAAGGACAAACAGUGUGAGCAGGCGGUCUACCAGACCAUCCUGGAGGACGAAGUGGACGACCCGGUUUACCAGUACAUAGUGUUUGAGGCUGGACACGAACCCCUCCGUGGCCACCAGUCAGAGGAGAGCGUUUAUCAGGUCCCAAGCAGUCAGCAGAAGGACGGGAUCUAUGAUGUCCCAAAGCGCCAUUUCAUGACUAACAUCAACCACUUUGAUCUUUUCGGCGACAUGUCCACCCCUCCCUCGAUGCCCCCAUCACCUGCCAACACACUGGACCCGAGCCGGAGCAGCCGCCAGCAGCAGCAGCAACAUGCUGCCGAGUUGUACGCCCCCUUCAGCCCCACCUCCAUUCCAUCAGGCUAUAUGACCAUGGGUCCGGUGCAGGCUGCGCAGUGGGCUCAGCAGCCGUACCCCGGCCAGGCCCAGACCCUGGCCUUCCCGGUGCAGGGGCCCCUCCAGGUGGCCCAGGUCCUCCCCGGGGGUCAGCCGCUCAUCUGGAGCCAGGCCAACAUUUUCCCGGCCACUCAGCAGCAGUGGGCGGCCAUGGCGGCGUACAUGCCGGCCCAGACUAUGGGCGUGGGGGGGCACGCCAUAACAGCUGCCAUGCUCCAAGGCCUGGUGCCCAUUACCACCAUGUGCCCGCAAGCCUGCGACUUAUCGGCCCCCUCCUCGGCCAUCACCAGCCCCCAGCACACGGCCGACCCCUCCCUGCUCCACAGGCAGCUGAGCCUGGGCAGGGAGGGGCUCGGCGCGGAAUCAGACGCAGGCGAGGGCCCCUCUACAUCAGGAGUUGGACCUGGAUUUGCGUCCGCAUCGGUGAGCAGGUGUGGGACCCCGGGGCCCCUUGGCGUCCCGGACACGCUGCUCUGCAGUCAGCUGCUGCCGCCUUCAGCUGCCGCCACACAGGAGGAGGAGGGCAGCUGCAGUGACCUUGAUCUCUCUCGGAUGACCUUGAGCCCGGGUACAUCCUCAUCACCGUCUACUGAAUCCCCGUCCACCCCGGCCCCUCACCAGAGCUUGUCCUCAGAUUGCCCCGCCUCCCAGGCCAGUGACCCCCCCACAGAUCACUCCCCUGUAGACACAGAGGGCGCCUGCAGCAACGCCAAGGAGGAACAAUCGGGCUCUGAUGCUGCAAGGUCGAGCUCUCCGGAGCCCAGCGGAGCUCCUGACGCUCCGCAGGAUCAGACCUGUCCACAGGAAGACAGCGGAAUGGAAGCUCUGAAGGCCAAGACAGAAGAAGCUCACAAGAAAAGAGAAGAAGAGAGAGUGACUUCAGUCACAAGUCAACACACAGCCAUGCUUCCUGUGGGGAUACGGAUGAGUGCACUCACUUCGCAGUGCUGUCUAAUCUACGCUACUUUGGGAUUGGUGCUGUCAAGCAAUGCAGAGCCCAGUGUUCGUGAAGCUCGGUCAGCGGGCGAUCAGCUGGUAGUUCAGCCGGUGGACUGUGUUCUGUCAGAGUGGAGCUCGUGGUCACGCUGCGACACCUGUCAGAAGAAAAGAUAUCGCUAUGCUAAACUGGAGCAGCCGUCUCAGUUUGGAGGGCAGCCGUGCAAUUUUUACGGCAGGGAGGAGGAGGCCUGUACCGUUCCGGACCGCUACACCUGCGACAAUGUUCCCUUGUGUGAGGGAUUCCUCUGCAAACAAACAGGUCGCUGUAUUCCCAGAACUCUGCAGUGCAGUGGGGAGGAUGACUGCGGGGACAUGUCUGAUGAAGCCGGCUGUAAGACAGUUUCCAAGCCCUGCAGACAGGAGGCCGAAGAGUACUGGGGAAUCGAAAAUCUCGCCAAAGGAAUCAACAUCCUGAACAGUAACCUGGAGGGAGUGGUGCUUGAUAACAGAUACUACGCUGGCAGCUGCCUGCCAGACUACAUCCAGGAUGUCAGAUUCAGGAAGCCUUACAACUUACAACAGUACACUCAUCAGACAAAAGGCUCUUAUGAUUUCAACUUGGAGUCUUUUAGCUCAUACUCUGAGUACAUGGACCACACCAUAAAGGAGCGCUCAACCCAAACCAUUAUUUCCAUUGGUUUUGCCAUUCCAGGCGUAGUUGAAUUUGGCUUCAACUACAAUAGUGCCAAACAUACCAAGUCUGAACGGAAGAUCCGGCGUGCUUCUGGCAAGACCAACAGCUUUGUGAGGGCCAAAGCAGAGCUGGAGCUGGCCCAGUACAUAUUGAAGUCAGACGAUUUAAUGCUUCACCCUGAGUUCUUGCAGCGGCUACGCUCUUUGCCGCAGACCUAUGUUUAUGGGGAAUACAGGCAGAUCUAUAAGGACUAUGGCACCCACUACAUCACAGAGGCAGCCCUCGGUGGAGACUUCACACACACUAUCAUCCUGGAUAAGGAGAAGCUUGAGAACUCAGAAUAUUCUUUGGAGGACUACAAACGCUGCACACAGUCAGGCCUAAAGGUCGGGGCCAACAUAUAUGGUGUUUAUGUGUCUGCCGGAAUCGAGGGUGGAUCCUGUGAUGGCCUGCUCAAUGAGAUGGGAGAGGACACAGUGCAUGGCAGCAUGGUGGAGGACUUUGUUGCUGUUGUAAGAGGUGGAAGUAGUGAGUCCAUCACUGCUUUGGUGUCUAAAAAACUUCCCACCCCGCAACUGAUGGGACUGUGGGGUGAAGGCGUACGUUUCAACCCAGAUUUUCUUCGCACAACGACACGGCCCCUGUAUGCGCUGGUCACUUCGAGAGACUUCUCCCAGGAUGCCACGCUGAAAAGAAACCUGAAGAGAGCGCUGUCAGAGUACCUGGCAGAGGCCAGCCCGUGUCGAUGUGCUCCCUGCCACAACAACGGAGUGGCCGUUUUGAAAGGCACCAGAUGUGACUGUGUGUGUCCUGGUGGCUACUCUGGGCCGGGCUGUGAGAUCACUAAUAGGCGAAAAGAUAUAGCCAUUGAGGGCAGCUGGAGCUGCUGGGGUGCAUGGUCAUCCUGCAGUGGGAGAACGAUGGCGAGGAGCCGUCAGUGUAACAACCCAGCACCUGGUAACGGAGGCCUGCCCUGCAGAGGACUGCAGCAGGAGUCUACAGAAUGCUAUUAAAAUCUGCUCUGACGUCAACAUUGACAUGGACAAUUAUUAAACCCUCCUUGAAAAUAUUA